AAUAGCACCGGUAAAGCACAUCGAACCUGGGAGAAUGGCCACACAGAGAACUCUGUAUAAAGAACUGGGACAAUAGAUAAUUUGGGUUAUUGUGUUUCCUUAAGUGUAUUUUUUCUUUUCUUUCUUUCUUUUCUUUUUUUAAAAUCUGAAACUGUGGAUUCCACACGGUGCAGUUUGAAUUCCUACGUGGUGUCUGUAGUCUUGUUUUUUUCCUUACAAAUCAAACCUUAGAAGGAUAUAAUACUCAUUAAAAAUAAGUAAAGCCGGAUCUUUUCAUAAACCACAUUGGCGGGACCGUUUUCUUGCUUAAUGGAGGAAGAAGAGGAUUUGGACAGACUGCGCUUUCUUUUUGACGCUUGUGAUGCGAAUAAUUCUGGGAGGAUAGAAAAAGAGGAGUUUUUCUCGGUUUGCUCAGAGCUGAAGGUCCACCCUGCUGAGAUCGAGUGUAUUUUUACCAAGCUGGACGUGGACAGGGACGGAUCAAUCAACUUUGAGGAGUUUGCUAACGGAUUUGAAGCAGUAUCAGACCUGAUCGACCUGGGAAGGAUGGAAAGCGAUAAUGAUGGGCACAACUUAAGACAGGCAUGGGAGGCAUUUCAGCAGAGACUUGGGGAAGAGGCUAAAUUCAUCCCGAGAGAAGAACAAGUUGCUACCUUGUACCAAAACAUCAACCUAACAGAACCCCGACUGGUGCAUCACUAUGAGCAGGUCAUCAUGAACUUCAUUAGAGAAAUCAAGCUGCAAAACUCAGAAAUGGAGAAUCUGGCACUAGCAGUGAAAAGAGCCCAGGAUAAAGCAGCUAUGCAGCUGAGUGAAAUGGAGGAAGAAAUGGACCACCGGAUACAGGCAGCUGAGAACAAAAUUAGACAAGCAGAAGCCAAAAAAGCUGAAGCUGCUCUAGGUGACCUCAAGCGUCAGUAUGAUUCAGAAGUUUGUGAACUGCAGGUCAAAAUGAAGAAACUGAAAAUGGUAGAAGAACAAUACAAACAUAUCAAUCUGAAGGACGAAGUUGUUGGAUUAAAAAGGAAAAUCAAUGAAUUAACGCUGGAAAACCAGCAACUGAAAAGAGAACUCCUUGGGUCUCAAACAAACAUUGCAUUCCUUCAGAGUGAGCUGGAUUCUUUGAAAUGUGAAUACGCCGAUCAGAGUUUAAACCUCGAACAGGAUAAAGCAAUGAUAAAAGGGUAUACAGAUGAAAGAGAUAAUCUUGCCCGACAAAUAGGGAUACUUCAAUCAGCUAACAGGAAACUCCAUGACAGCAAUGAUGGCCUAAGAAGUACACUGGAAAAUAGUUUAAGCAAAUACAAUAAAUCUCUGCGUGUUCAUAACACCUCCCCAGGAAAUACCAUUUCUUAUUCAAGUCCGAAAUUUAGUGGUCGUCAAUCUCCAUUUAAUGAUAGUUUAUCUAACUUCGCCAGGUCCUCUCACUCUUCCUACAUGGAUGAGGACUGUGACAUGCUGGCGAUGUGUGACCCAAUGCGCAGGGUAAGCUGUGAGGUGGAGAGCCUAGCAGAGAGCUGCUUUGACAGUGGCCUCUCAACCCUCCGAGACUCCAAUGACUGUGACUCUGAGGUGGAGUUCAGGCUUCAAAAGAACUUCCAAAGGUCACACGAGACGCCAGAGAACUUCGGGGGAGAUGCUUCUGAUACAGAUGUGCCAGAGAUCCAUGAUGAAGUGGCUUACAGUUCUGACGGCAACAGUUCAGUACUAGACUGGAAACCAACAACACCAAUCAACAGGAGAAAUUCUUUAACUUCCGUCUCAACGCGAAAGUGCAUCUCUGCCAUAUCACCACAAGCAGACAAUAGAGAUUUCAAAUACCCUAAUUCUGAGAAAGCCUACAAGGUUGUCUUAGCUGGAGAUGCAGCCGUGGGCAAGUCCAGCUUCCUGCUGAGGCUUUGUAAAAAUGAGUUCCGUGGAAACACUAGUGCCACACUAGGUGUUGACUUUCAAAUGAAGACGCUGGUUGUUGAUGGAGAACCUACAGUUUUACAGCUGUGGGAUACUGCGGGACAGGAAAGAUUUCGAAGUAUUGCAAAAUCCUAUUUCAGACGAGCAGAUGGAGUUUUAUUGCUGUAUGAUGUAACCUGUGAAAAAAGUUUCCUGAACAUACGAGAAUGGGUGGACAUGAUUGAGGACGUAUCCCAAGGGGAGAUCCCCAUCAUGCUAGUGGGAAACAAGGCUGAUCUGCGUGAGCAAGCCAUAGAGGAAGGAAUAAAGUGUAUCCCAAUCAGCUAUGGAGAAAAGCUUGCAAUGGCCUACAACGCCUUGUUUUGUGAAACCAGUGCUAAAGACGGUUCAAACGUUAUUGAAGCUGUGCUUCACUUGGCUCGCAAUGUGAAAAAGCAGAGUACCAAUAAAGAUGAUUUAGACUCAGUUACCAACUUAUCAGGGGUGAAUAGUAAGAAACCAACAAACAUGAAGACAUGUUGCACAGUCUAAAAAAAAAAAAUGAAAUCAGGAUUGCUGUUGGAAGAAGCUUUUUAAAAACACAUUGACUAAGGGAUUACUUUUUACCAUUAGUGACUCAUGUGAAGACUAAAUUAACCAAAUCUCUUUACAUGCAUCUCAUUUGUAUCCCAAAAUGGUCAUGUUAUCAGCUUAUUGGAAGUACGUGCAAUGAUGGUAUUAGUGCGGGUUGUUUGGCCUAAUGCAUUUGCCAGUUAAAAAAAUGAUAAAGUUGUAAAGCAACACAAGUAGAGUUAUUAAGUACCAAAUAUGACAUGAAAGCAACAGGUAUUUCAUACCCUAAUAUUCUGUGAUGUUGUGGUAGUGCAGUGUGCUUCCCACUCUUAGGUUGAGAGUAUGUAUUGAAUGUUCUGUCUUUGAAGUUGGCUUGUGUCUUUAAAGGUUAAGGGCACCCUUAUUAGAGGACUACAGUUAGAUGUUUGUUCCCUUAGUGCUUUUCACUGUAAAUGCAGCAGAAACAGUCCCACCUUAGACCCAUCCCAUUUUGUUGAACAAAGGGGAGUUGUGGGAGUUGAACCACACUCUUAUAAUAACUAUAUUUGUAUAGGAUUAGAUAAGCAACACUUUCUGGGCCCUGGAAUUUAAUUAAAUAAACAACAAUACAUUGUGAUGUUAAGUCAGCUUAAACAUAACACUUUCUAACAUUAUAAUUUUAAAUAAUAAGUAAAAAGCCCAUUUAGUUCUCACUACCGCUGUUUCUUUUAGUAUACAGUAUCAUUGACCUCCAUCUUGGACAUAUAACUCAAACCCUCUCACUGGCCUUGUUUCAUUCUAGAAGCACAACGAUAACAUUUCAGUUAAACACUGGAAUUCUUGUUCAGUAAAAUAAAUGGAAAUUAGCAGACAGGGAAUCUUCCCAUUAUAAAUAAGAGAUAAGACAACUCUAAAAGGUGAACAUUGUUUUUUUCAAAUAGUUUUGAGUGGAGUAGGAGUGUUUAAUCUAUCCAUCUAGUCGAUCUAGGAGUUGCUCGGAUAUGGUAACUUUUUGAACUGGAUGAGAUUGUAAAAAAGAUACAGAACAUUUUAUUUGUUUGCUGUAACAUCAAAAGGUAGUUCCUUUGCCUUUUGCACCCUCUUGUGGAGGAUAGGUAAAGACAGUUCAUCCUAAUAAAAGCAAUCUAUAACAUAAGAGCUAUUUAUAGAAUCUCUAUCUAUCUAUCUAUUUAUCUAUCUAUCUAUCUAUGAUAAUCAAUGGUGGCCCCUUAAGCCCCCAGCAGCAGUAGAAUCAACACUUUUCAUAUUAUUAUUAUUAUUAUUAUUAUUAUUAUUAUUAUUAUUAUUAUUAUUAUUAUUAUUAAUAGUAAUUUAUUUGGUAGGCACCUUUAUCCAAGGUGACCUAUAAGUGUUACAGGGCAGUACAGGGUUACAAAGCAAGAUUCAUAUUUAAAUACACUAUAGUUUACAGUAAGUGCAACUAAUACUACUAAAAUACAACAUGAAAUAGGAUGCAACAAGUUAGGAUUACAACAGGUUAUAUCUACAAUGACAUAUUAGUAGUGCAGUAGGGCAAGGAUAGUGCCUCAGCUGAGGGUCCAGUAAUGUGGUGCGUAGGUCAGGUGAAUACAGUGCAUAGCAGUAGGGGUGGAUCAAGAGAUCUACAAGUGCAGUCAAAACAGGUUUUCUCCAUUAGUUUAUUCUAAUAUACUUUACUGUUGCACACUGCCAGCAUAUGUUUAAAAACGGUGCUGUAUACAACAUUAAUAUAGCAUUUAGAUUUCAAGACCAUGUCACUAACAUACUUUGCAUAAAAUAUUUUCUAAAGAAAGUUGUUAAGACAGCAGAAAGGCAGACAAAUCCAUCACAUCCAAAAAUAAACUGAAGGAGUUUACCUGCACUGGGGAAAAUAAACAAAUACUGCUGGAAAAGGGCUAAAAUAAUAUAAAUAUGACAACAAACAGUAACAGAGAAAAACAACACUAACAACUAGAUUUCCAAGAGAAAGGAAGUGGUAUCAUAAUAUGACAUUUUGAAAAUAUAUCUCAGUUUAUUGAUGCUACCGGUGUCUUCUGGGAAUAGUAGUUUAUCUGGUACACGCUGAAAGGUGUUUCCAAUCAGCAGAAAUGCAGAGGAAAACUACAACUCCCCUAAUCCACGCAUGUCAACAGCGCUGGCUUCUCAUUUAACGUUGGGACUAAACAGUCAAGGGGUUUUCCACGCUAUCGAGCAGCGACACAGUUUAUUUUUUGUCGACCGUCUCAGAGAUUUUUUAAAUGUUCAUACCAUUUUUUUCUGGUCACAUUUUAAAAUUUCCUUCCACUUCACUGAUAAUCGCGCAUACUGAGGGAAGCAGUGCUUCAGCAGGGGGCAGGAGGCUGUGAGUGGCUCCUCCAAUUAAAACCAGGGGUCAGACUACAUCGUCUGCCAUUGUUAGUACUUAGGUUUGCCUCUGAGAAAAAAAAAAAACCUCUCUGGGCUCCUCCAAUUAAAAACCUGUGCUCAGAUCAUGUGAUCUGCUACUGCUAGUACUGUACUUAAUAGCAGGUAUGAGUUUAUAACAGAGGCUUGCCUCCUCUGAGGAAAAAAAAAUCCUCUCUGGGCUCCAGAAUAUGCUGUUAAUAUAGGAAUGUUUAGGUUCGUUUUCCUUAAAUUUUAGACAACAAUUGUAUUAUAUAAUUGUAUUAUAUAAUUUUGUUUUAUUGAACAUUAUUCUCCAGCUAAGAGAACACCCCUCGGGAAGCAAGCAAAGUGUUAUCAUAGCUGAAGUGUUCUCUAAGACGGAAUUGACCACCAGACACAAUAUUAAUCAAUCAAUAAAUAGAUGUUUAUUACUUGUCAUGACGCACGUGCAUCAACAUGUGAAAUGAACUGAAUAAGAAAAAAGCAACAGGUAAGUGUAUGUUAAUAAACUAUAAUAAUAAAGUAAUAGACAAACUAACGUUAAUAAACUAAUUGUCAAACUAAAUUAACACAGCACCCCUACACACGUAAAAACAUGCAGCAGCAGCUGUUUAAUUACGAAUACAUGUACAGGAGCAAUGUUAAAGACAUGCACGUUAUUUAACAGAAUGGUGAAGCAACUCACCAGAACAGGAAAUACCAAAUUGCUCGGUGACUUGUGUCUGAUUCAGGUUUUUUUCUAGAGCUCGAACAAUUUCCAACUUUGUGCAGCAAGAGAAACAGCGCCGCGUUUCACCGUUUGUUUACAUGCCAUUGUAUAGUGAUGAGGUGCAAAACGAGGCAAUGAUAAAUAACUGCGGAUCUGGAAAGGUUGAAUAAACCAAUCAGUGUGCCUCAAGACACUCUCGCGAUGGCAAGUCAAUUUUGGAAAGACUGAAUAAACCAUUUGAAUUUAAGUUUGAUAAUUAGUUAUCAGGUUACAAAUCAGUACUGUAUCAGUUGUGAACGAAUCGCUAUCGGUGCCAAAAAUGUGUUCCUGUUCCUUCGGUGGAGCAUUUACAAUGGGGAAAAAAGGUUGUUCCCAUACCUUUCAAAUUGGGCCCUGUUUCUCAAAGAACAGGAAACAAAGGCAAACUUAUGGGAAGUUUGAAUAUAUACCUUUAUGAAAUAUUUGCCAAAUGAUGCAGCAAGUGCCUCUGUUGAAAGCUUAAAAUCAAGUAUAUAUAUACAUUUAGACCAAAGUAGGUCAGACAUGGCUACAAUAUUGCAUUUAUUCACAGCCCCUUUGAUUUUAUACUAAUAUUCAAAAUGAAGGAUAUAUCCAUUAAUUUCAAACUGUAUGAAGUUAGGUACUUAUAAAGUUUAAUGUGCCAUUAUUCUGUAUUUACUUUAUAUAUUAUUUAUUGUCUUUGUGUUUACAGAAUCAAACUAUAGCAUUAUAUAUUCUUAGUUGUUUAUUUUUGCAAUUCAGAUUAAUAUGAAAUUUCAAAUAAAAAAAAAAAAACUUUGUUUUUCACAUGCUAUCUGCUCGAUAUUUAAUUUAUGAAAUAAUCCCUUUUAGACCUUUCUACUUUUUAAAGGUUUCUACAUGAGAAAUAUAUUGUACAUACGACUAUUUUUUAUGUAACUUACAAAUAGUAUUAUUGUGUUCAGUUAUAUUUACUGAUGUUUUUGUAAAGCUAAUAAAUGAUAAAUAAUGCUAAUAUAAACUCCAUUAGUUUUCAGUGAGGUUGCAGUCUGAUGUUUAUAUAAAGUUAAAUGUUUUUAAAAUGUUUUGUAUUUGCACUUUGAGUACCAUUUAGCCAAUGCUACGUCUACAUAUUGAUAUUCAUGAAAUUGUAUAACAGUGUUUCGCUGCAAGUCUAUAAUAGAAAUCAACUUUUUGCUAUGGCACUUGAUGUUGUAGUGUUUAACCUGUCACAAUACUGUUUAAAUUAUUA